AUGCCUGGUGGCAGCUGUGAAAGUGCCGUGUGUCAAACACUCACCGAGCCCUCACUGCUCAUUUGCCUGAGUUUCAGCUUUUCCCCAGAUGCAAAUGCCGUCAGCUCCGCUCCCGCCAGGAGUGCCGCCACUGAGAUGGAGGCCCCGCUCUCUGGUCUCUCCCUGCUUCUUCUCCUCCUGGCAGUGGGAUGGGAAAGCAGGAUGGAUGCAGCCUGGGCACCAUCUCCUGGGGGCUGUGAGCUUAUGCAGAGCAUCAUGGACUGCACUGGCAGACGGCUGAGUUCCAUCCCAGCAAACCUUCGAGGCGAUACUGAGGAGCUGUUUCUUGAUGACAACACUAUCCAGGUCCUGGGCAAUGCCUCUCUGCUCCUGUAUCCCCAGCUCUGGCAUCUCAGCUUGACCAGGAAUCGGCUGGAGCUCAUUGAGCCCGGUGCCUUCCUCAGCAGCCAAGGCCUGGAGGUGCUCUCCUUGACAGACAACCUGCUCUUCACCAACUACUCGCUGACAGCCGCUGCCCUUUCUGCUCUGCCGGCCUUGAGGGUGCUGGAUCUGGCUGGAAACCAGCUCAGGGAAGACAUGGUAUCAGUUUUAGUCUCAAACCUCUCUUCCUUGGAGUCCCUGUCUGUGGCCAGGAACAUCAUCAUGAGGUUGGACUCAUCCACCUUCACAAACCUGACAGAGCUGCUGGAGCUGAACCUGGAGAAGAACUACAUCUUUGAGAUUGACAAUGCUUUUGAAGGGCUGCAGAGGCUGCAGAGGCUCAACAUAGCCUACAACUACCUCCCAUGUCUGAUAGGGUUUGACCUGACCCAGCUCAGGGUGCUCAAUGUCAGCAACAAUGUCAUUGAGUGGUUUCUGACCCUGGAAAUCGAUGACCUGUUUGAGCUGGAGGUGCUGGACCUGUCCCACAACCGCCUCCUGUUCUUCCCUGUGCUGCCCCAGAGGAGCAAGCUGCGCUCCUUGCUGCUGCAGGACAACAGGAUGAGCUUCUACCAGCGUCUCCCCAAUGGCACCUCCCUGGCCAACGUCACCGUGCAGUUCCUGAUCAUUGAUGGCAACUCCACCAACAUCACAACCGUCAGGCUCUGGGACGAGCUCUGCCACAGCAACCUCUCCUCCCUGCGCCUCCUAGACAUGAGCCAGAACGAGGUCUGGGGUCUGCCAGAUGAUUUCCUGGCCCAGAUGCCCUCCCUGACCCACCUGAAGCUCAACCAGAACUGCCUGGAGGCAUUUCACCUGUCAGAGGAGGACCCCUUGCCCAUGCUGACAGAGCUGGACCUCAGCCAGAACCAGCUGGUGGAACUGGGGGUGAAGGUGGGCACUGGGGACAUCCUGCCCAGCUUGCAGCUCUUCAACCUCAGCACCAACAGGCUGCAGGCUCUUCCUCCUGGGAUUUUUGCCCACACCAGGAAGAUCACUACUCUGGAUCUCAGCCGUAACCGGGUUGACCUCUGUCCCCAGCCAGGUGAGGCCGAGAGUCUCGCCUGUGUGGACAUCAGGGGUGUAGAGACCUUGAUCCAUCUCUCCUUGGCUGGCUGCGGUCUGCAGAGCAUGGGCGGCCGCCCCUUCCAGGGGACAUCUCUGAUUCAUCUGGACCUCUCUGACAACCGCCAGGCGCUGUCUGGGGACCUGGGGUGGCUGCAGGACCUUGUCCUGACACUGCAGGUGCUGUCUCUGAGGAACACCAGCCUCUCUUCCACCGCCGUGGACUUCUCUGCCCUGAGCAGCCUCGUGCACUUGGACCUUUCGGGGAAUUCCUUGUCCGCGUUCCCCACCUCGCUGGGCACGCUGAGGCUGCGCAGCCUGGACCUGCGGGACAACUGCCUCCGGGCGCUGCCGCUGGACGUGGCGCAGGUGCCGCUGGGCAGGAGCCUGCGGGAGAUCUACCUCAGCCGAAACCCCUACAACUGCUGCACGCUUGGCUGGUGGGACGCCCUGCAGCAGGCCGAGGGGCUGCGCGUCCCCGACGGGCGGGAGGUGACCUGCAGCCACGGCUCCCACGCGCUGAGCCCCGGCGCGCUGCCCGAGCCCGUCCUGAGGAGCUGCCGAUGGCAGACGGCCGACCUGGCGCUGCUCUACCUGGUGCUGGCUCUGCCCACCUGCCUGACGCUCCUGGUGGCCUUUGUUGUCGUCUUCCUCAUGCUCAAGGAGAAGCUGCUGAAAAUGCUGAAAACCCGGUGUGGGGUGUCCGGUCCUUACUAA